CCGGCUCUACUUUGAGGAGGAGGCUGCAUAAUUCCACCCAAAAGCAAGAGAGUUUUCCUGGAUCCAGGCCUCAGGGUUCUCUCCAAGGAGCCUCUGCCAGCUCUUGAGGAGGCUGUUGUGUGGCUCUCUGAGAAGGAGUGGAGUGCCCUGGUGGGCUUGGUGUGUGGAAGAUAUAGUGGAGACUGGCGAGAACAUGGCACCCAGAAAUCGGCAGAAGAAACACAAGAAGCCAGCUGUAACAAAGCCUGGUGCGGAAAAACAGGUGUCGGGAAAGCAAAAGAGAACAAAAGCAAGGGAGAAACCACAUAAAUGCAUGGAAUGUGGAAAGGGCUUCAGACGGAAAGCAAAUCUGCAGGUGCAUCAAAGAAUACACACAGGAGAGAAGCCAUACAAGUGCAUGGAAUGCGGAAAGAGUUUCAGUGAUAGUGGAUCAUAUAAGAAACAUCUAAAGGCUCACACAGGAGAUAAACCAUAUAAAUGUAUGGAAUGUGGAAAGAGCUUUGCUAAUGGGGCACACCUUUGUAUACAUCAAAGAACACACACAGGGGAGAAACCAUACAAAUGCAUGGAAUGUGGAAAGAGCUUCACUCAGAAAGCAGGUCUACAGGUACAUAAAAGAAUACACACAGGAGAGAAGCCAUACGAAUGCAUGGAAUGUGGAAGGAGCUUCAGUUGCAGUGGAAGUCUACGUUCCCAUCAAAGAACCCACACAGGAGAGAAACCCUAUGAAUGCAUGGAAUGUGGAAAGAGCUUCACUCAGAAUUCAGCUCUUCGUGUACAUCAGAAAAGACACACAGGGGAGGAAUCAUGUAAAUGCAUGGAAUGUGGGAAGAGCUUCAUUGGAAGACAACAUUUACAUCUACAUCAGUGCACCCAUACACGGAAGAAGCGACAUGAAUGCAUGGAAUGUGGAAAGAGUUUCAGUGAUAGGAGAGCAUUGACUGUACAUGAAAGGAGUCACUCAGGUGAGAAGCCAUACAAAUGCAUGGAAUGCGAUAAAACCUUUGGGUACAUUUCAAAUCUAAUGGCACAUCAAAAAAAUCACAGAGGAGAGAAACCAUACAAAUGCAUGGUGUGUGAUAAACAAUUCAGUCGGACUUCUCAUCUGCGCGUACAUGAAAGAACGCAUUCCGGAGACAAACCUUAUAAAUGCACAGAAUGUGGAAAGAGCUUCAGUCAGAUGGCAAAUCUACGUGUCCAUGAAAGGACACACACAGGGGAGAGACCAUACAAAUGCACAGUGUGUGGAAUGGGCUUCUGUGAUAAAGGCUCAUGUAACAAACAUCUAAAGACCCACACAGGGGAGAAACCAUAUGAGUGCGUGGAAUGUGGAAAGAGUUUCAGUUGCAGUUCUAAUCUACGUACACAUCAAAGAACCCACACAGGGGAAAAACCGCAUGAAUGCAAGGAAUGCGGAAAGAGCUUCCCUACUAGUAGCAGUUUGCAGUCGCAUCAAAGAACCCACACUGGGGAGAAACCUUAUGAAUGCAUGGAGUGUGGAAAGAGCUUCUCUCAUCGUCACGGGUUGCGAGCACAUCAAAGAACCCACACAGGAGAGAAACCAUAUCAAUGCCUGGAAUGUGGAAAGAGCUUCAGUUGCAGCGGACAUUUGCAAACUCAUCAUAGGACCCACACAGGGGAAAAGCCAUAUAAAUGCAUGGAAUGUGGAAAGGCCUUCAGCAAAAGUGACCGUUUACAUGCCCAUCAUAGGACCCACACAGGGGAAAAGCCAUAUAAAUGCAUGGAAUGUGGAAAGGCCUUCAGCCAAAGUAGAAAUUUAUGUACCCAUCGUAAGACCCACACGAGAAAAACCACAUAAAUGCAUGGAAUGUGGAAAGGCCUUCAACAGAAGUUGCUCAUAUAAUAAAUAUCUAAGGACUCACAUGGGUGAGACCAUGUGAA